UGCUUCACUCUUUCUUCCGCAACUGAAGCGCAGGCUUUCUUUCCAGAAACCCUAGAAGCCACCGAGAAGAAUCAUGGCGGACUCAGGAGCAGCACCAGCAGCCGCAGCACCGGAGAGAGGGGGAUUCCGACGUGGGUUCGGAGGGGGACGUGGAGGACGCGGCGGACGUCGCCGUGCUAGGAAGGACGAGGAGGAGAAGUGGGUUCCUGUCACGAAGCUCGGACGUCUCGUCCGGGAAGGCAAAAUCCGAUCUAUUGAACAGAUCUAUCUCCAUUCUCUUCCCAUCAAGGAGUAUCAGAUUGUCGAUCUCCUCAUCGGACCGUCCCUGAAGGACGAGGUAAUGAAGAUCACGCCUGUUCAGAAGCAGACUCGUGCGGGUCAGAGAACCCGUUUCAAGGCCUUUGUCGUUGUCGGAGACGGGAACGGUCAUGUGGGUUUGGGCGUGAAGUGCGCGAAGGAGGUUGCGACCGCCAUUCGUGGAGCCAUCAUAUUGGCUAAGCUCUCGGUGAUUCCGGUAAGGAGAGGGUACUGGGGAAACAAGAUCGGAAAGCCACACACAGUGCCGUGCAAGGUCACGGGCAAGUGUGGGUCGGUAACCGUUCGCAUGGUUCCGGCGCCGAGAGGAGCUGGUAUUGUCGCCGCUAGGGUUCCGAAGAAGGUUCUUCAAUUUGCUGGGAUAGACGAUGUGUUUACAUCUUCCCGAGGGUCCACUAAGACCCUUGGAAAUUUCGUCAAGGCAACGUUCGAAUGUCUGAUGAAAACAUAUGGAUUCUUGACACCUGAGUUCUGGAAGGAGACCCGGUUCACAAAGUCGCCCGUGCAAGAAUACACCGACUUGUUGGCUAAACCCAUCGCUAAGGCUAUCAUCCACGAGGACCUCGACAAUGUCCCUCCCUCCUAAACUCUCCACAUGAUCCACCAUCUUUCGCAUCGCCUUUAGUCUUUUUUCGCAAGAAGUCAGUAAGAGAACUACUAGUCUUUUUUUGCAAGAAAGUGAGCAAGAACUUUUUUUCGUUUCAAACUUCAAACUUGUCACUUGGAUCUUUACUUGAGUCUGUAUUUGGAUCUGUUUUUCACAUUGCUGGUUUCUUUCCUCAGAAUCUGCCCAAGUUUUAGUUUAUCGUGUAUCAGUCUCACGGUCGGAACCGGCAGUUAUUUUGGUUUAGUGGGUGUUGGUGGCUAAGUGCA